UCUAUUAUUUGGUAUAAUAGCGGGACACUUGAAUUUUGGCUUUGUCACUAACACAAGCUUUCUUCUUCAUUUCAGAUUCUAUUGACGGAUUCUCCUAUAACUCCAACCAAACACACCACCCACUUUCUUGUAAUUAUUUUAAAAAUUAGCUCAAUUGUGAAGUUGUAAUCUUUCAAGUCUAAGUAUUUUGUCUGUGCUGGGUAGCACUGAGGAAGAUUUCAAUUGAGGGCUAGAGAAUUGGCCCAAUCAGCUAAGAGUGGAGAAGCAAGUCGGUCUGUUAAUCUCGUCAGUGUCCUGUCAAGGUUCCACACUGUAUAUACUUUGACAAGUUGUCAGUGUCGCGAACUUGAUGAUUCUGCCCUUUUAGCCAGUUGCCUUAUCUUUUCGACAUGAGCAACCAGUUCGGUGAAGAUCAUGAAGACACAACUGUAGUGGGAUUUGAAGUUCCAAAGUCCCCGGAUUCAAGCUACAACAAUGCCUACCCCGGAAAUGAAGAUGAGGCACGGGACCCACCUGCAGUCCCUCCGCACCUGCAGCACACCUUGCUCAGCUACCCAGCAAGUGCAGACAUGUCCGAAACUAUUACCGAGCCGCAGAAUGUAAUUCUCAACCAUCUUUAUAUUGAGAACCGAGAGGCCCCACGAUCUGUGGUGGCACUCGGAUUCACUCACCGCUUCCGUUCAAAAUACGUUACUGUUGUGCUAUACAAACCUGUUCAGAGAAGGGGGAGUACCGGCACUUAAAUAUGCAUAUAGUAUUAUAAACCGUAAGUAGCGAUGUUUGAUUCCUCCCGAUUUAUGAUGGAAUUAGUCAUUAUUAACUGAAAUACGAGCAGUUAGCCAGACAGAAUAUUUAUCUCUCGCGUCAGCUGAUGGAAUCAUGUUUGUUUCGUUUAACUUGAUUUAUCAAUUCUCUCAUGAGCGAAGAUUUGCUAUACAUAUAAAGUUCUCCAUUCA